AUGAUCAAACGUCACGUAAAUAGAAAUGACCUCGUGUCCGAGUUGAAGUGGUCUAUUGAGGACGUUACAAAGAUUCCUGUCGCCUUGCAGGCACUUAGCUAUGGCUCCUGGUUGUUGGAGGAUAGCGUAAGGCUGGGCGAUUACAACAUUCGGCGAGGCUCAGUGGUGCAUGUAUUGCGAAGACCCAAUCCUGCUCCGAUCUCCGAAGUCGGUAGUCAGUCCCCACAGUGUCGAACUCUUGCUAGGGACGAAGUCGACUCCAGGGCUGACAGCGGAUUUGGUGACCUGCUGGUCGUGAAACCUUCACCACUGAAACGAUUACCAGUUAGUAAGGUUCCCGAAUCCGUACCCAUUCUUGACGAACCAGUACCCGUAUCAGCGAAGGAAGAGGAUGAAGAAAAAGAAAAGGUGGAGGAGCCUGAUCCCACACCAAAGGUCACCACUCCACCCUCAGAACCCAAAGUUGAGAAAGGCGAGAGUCUUCGCCUUAACCUCCCCGAAACUGAGGUCUACCGCAAUUUUCGUCAAGCUCUAAGUGACCGCAUGGUUGCCCAAAAAGAGAAACCGAACUGA